AUGUCUUCGAUCAAUCUAUCGUCUUCGUCUCCUUCCACCAUAUCUCUUGCCCGCUCUAGACUAAGCCAAAGCUCUACUACAUUGCUCCAUGGAUCACACCGUGUUAGUUUACCAUCAAACCAUCCAUCAUCAUUCGCCAUUAAAACCACUGGAAAAGUUAAAGCUGCAGUGAUAUCUAGAGAAGAUGAUCUGCUCUCUUACACCAACGGAAACGCUCCUCUCUCAAAUGGGUCUCUCACUGAUGACCGGAUCGAAGAUCCAUUGAAGGCUGAUUCAGUUUCCCUUGGAACACUUGCUGCUGAUUCAGCUCCUGCACCAGCCAAUGGUUUCGUUUCUGAAGACGAUGACUAUGAGUUGGAUUUACCAACGCCAGGUUUCUCUUCAAUCCCUGAGGCCAUUGAAGAUAUACGCCAAGGAAAGUUUGUGGUGGUUGUGGAUGAUGAAGAUAGAGAAAAUGAAGGAGAUUUGGUAAUGGCUGCUCAGUUAGCUACACCCGAGGCUAUGGCUUUCAUUGUGAAACAUGGAACUGGUAUAGUUUGUGUGAGCAUGAAAGAUGAUGACCUCGAGAGACUGCGCCUUCCUCUAAUGGUGAAUCAGAAGGAAAACGAAGAAAAGCUCUCCACUGCAUUCACAGUGACUGUGGAUGCCAAAAACGGUACGACAACAGGAGUAUCAGCUCGUGACAGGGCAACAACGAUAUUGGCCCUUGCAUCGAGAGAUUCAAAGCCCGAGGAUUUCAACCGCCCAGGGCAUAUCUUUCCGCUCAAGUAUCGAGAAGGCGGGGUUUUGAAAAGGGCUGGGCACACUGAAGCAUCUGUUGAUCUUACUGUUUUAGCUGGACUAGAUCCUGUUGGAGUUCUGUGUGAAAUUGUUGAUGAUGAUGGUUCCAUGGCUAGAUUACCAAAGCUCCGCGAGUUUGCAGCUGAGAAUAACCUGAAAAUCGUUUCCAUUGCAGACUUGAUCAGAUAUAGGAGGAAGAGUGAUAAGCUAGUGGAACGUUCUUCUGCGGCACGGAUCCCGACAAUGUGGGGGCCUUUCACAGCUUACUGCUACAAGUCCAUAUUAGACGGAAUAGAGCACAUUGCAAUGGUUAAGGGAGAGAUUGGUGACGGUCAAGACAUUCUAGUGAGGGUUCAUUCGGAAUGUCUCACGGGGGACAUAUUUGGGUCAGCGAGGGAUCUGGGAGUGAGGACGAUGAAGCUGAUGACGAAUAAUCCCGCCAAGUACAUCGGCCUGAAAGGAUAUGGGUUAGCCAUUGUGGGAAGAGUCCCUCUCUUGAGUCUUAUCACAAAGGAGAACAAGAAAUAUUUGGAGACUAAGCGGACCAAGAUGGGUCACAUGUAUGGCCUCAAGUUCAAAGGCGACGUUGUCGAGAAGACUGAUGAUGCUGCAACCACCGAGUCUGAGUCGUAA